UGAGUAAGAACAUGUUGUUAUACGUCUUAUUCUCAUUGUUGAGCCUUCAUUAUCCUUCUGUCUCUCCGAUGAUGGUGGUCAAAGCGCAUUCAACCGCUUCACCACAACACAACGAUACUUGUCUUCUACCCAUAUUUCGUUCACUUCUCCAUCAGGAGCUGACACAUUCUCUGGUGCCCGUGGAACUCCCAACCCACUCAUCCAAACCAGGCCCCAUCCCACUACCAGCUUAGACCCAAGGAAAUAUCUUCCUUACAUCUAGCUAACCAUCCAGAAAGUCCUCGGUGGAUUAACACCCGCCCUCGCCGAACUUAGCGCCCUUUUGUCCUCCUUCACCCACACAUGCUCCCCCAACAGCCGCCCACCCAUCCGCAUCAUGAUCCGUCCCCGCGGACCCCGGAAAUGCCCCUCCUCUGCGACGCCAAACCGUGCCCCGCAAGACUUCAUCUACACACCCGACGAGUUGUCCGUCAUGGCUUCCUCCAUUGGGGAAUUUGCCUCGUCUGGCCUGCUUUCCCCGAGACAUGGCGAUGGUUUCGUCUUUGGCAUCUUGAAACAGGACAGUGUUACUGGGAGAUUGGAGUUGGAUCUAGAGAGGAAUCGGGAGCUGGUUGCCCUGGCUACUACGAGUGGACGGGAAGAGGGGUUUAGGUUCAAGUGUGUUUUGCAUCGGGCUGUGGAUGACCUGCUGACUAGUGCUGGAACAGGGGCUGAAGUGAGGAAGGUGAUGGAGGAAGUGAAGAGGUGUGGGUUCGAUGGGUUGUUGACUUCUGGUGGGAGGGGUGGGGCGGUGAAUAACGUUAGGAGGUUAAAGAUGGUUGUUGAUGUUGCUGAGGAGGAUGGGGUGGAGGUUAUUGUUGGUGGAGGGGUGAGGAGCGGCAACUUGGGCGGGUUGGCAGGCGGUUUAAGUAAAGAUGAUGGGCUUUGGGAAGGAGUGUGGUUUCAUUCUUCUUGUCUGAGACACGAAGGAAUGUUUGAUGAGCAGGAGGCUGAGGGGUUGGCGGAGCAGAUCAGGAACAUGAAGUGUUGUUUGCCGUGACCGUGGCGUGAGCUUGCUGAGCAACGGAAUAAUACAAAAAAGCAGGUCCCAGCAAUUCCUGAUUAGAGAAGGAAUUCACCAACAGGUCUGGGGGUUUCAGCAACGCCAAACGCCCCG